GAUACUACUUGCCAUCCUUGUUCCAUGGUUUUAAUUGGAAUCUAGACCUUCGUAGACCUCUAAGGGAUGUGGAAUUAGAGGAGGUUGCUAACUUCUAGACACUCAAGGAGGUUUACCUUUCCCCUUUAAUUUUUCAACCCUCUUUUUCCUUAUAAUAUGAUUCAGUGCCCUUACAUUCCUACCUAAGGUAGGUUCUACAUACAUGUGAUCUUAUGCAAAAGAAGAAGAACCAAGAUUUCUUCCAUUCCUUUAAGCCUUAGCGUUCGUGAAAUCUUCAUCCACGUCAUUGUCUUCUUGGGCAUGCUGAAUAUGCUGCCCAGUACGCCUCUACCGUGCAACACUUGAACGUUAUGUGGUGUCAGCGCUUACGUCUGCUUACCAAAGGCAAAACUCUGUUCGCACCCUCGAACUCAUUGCCAACGUACAAAGUUUUCUCCCUCGGCAACGACAGGAUUUCUACGACACAACUAGCUAUGGGAAGGGAAGGUCAGGAGCGUGUCGACAAUACCAUGAAGAUGAAUCCGAAGGUAGAUAAGAUACAAGAGCUGAUAAGAAGCAACCCAAAAGGUGGUUGGGAAAAAUGUUGGGAGGAAGGACUAACACCAUGGGAUUUGGGGCAGCCAACACCUGUUAUUCUACAUCUUCUUCAGACGGAUGCAUUUCCCAAAGGCAGGGCUCUAGUUCCUGGAUGUGGUAGUGGCCAUGAUGUGUUUGCGAUUGCUAGUCCCGAAAGAUAUGUUGUAGGAUUGGAGAUAUCAGAAAUUGCCGUUAAGAAAGCAAAUGAGUUGUAUUCCUCAUUACCAAAUGCAAAUUACUUCGCCUUUUUGAAGGAGGACUUCUUCACUUGGCAUCCAACUGAGUUAUUUGAUCUCAUUAUUGAUUAUACGUUCUUUUGUGCAAUUGAGCCAUCUAUGAGAUCAGCUUGGGCAAGUCAGGUUCGAGAUAUCUUAAAACCAGAUGGAGAACUCAUAACUAUUAUAUUUCCGAUUAGUGAUCAUGUUGGUGGACCUCCAUAUAAAGUUUCAGUGGCUGACUACGAAGAGGUGUUACAUCCUCUGGGCUUCAAGGCUAUUUACAUGGCAGAUAAUGAGCUAGUAAUUGGACCUCGCAAGGGAAGAGAGAAGCUUGGAAGGUGGAAGAGGUAUUUAGGACAAUCUCUACUAUGAUUAAAGGCACCAUUAUGCUGUUGUGGGAGUAUUGUACACCUAUAAAGUAAUGAUUGUUAUUGGAAGUAAAUACUCCAUUCACUUGCACUGUGGAAGUGAAUUAAGCCAACUUAACUCCA